AUGGAUCUAGUCAUCGCAUCCGGCUCAGCGCUACGUCGUCAGUCUGAUCGUCGUCCAUUUCGCAGCGAUACACGUCGCGACGCGCGCCGAGGCUUGAAUGUCAACCAGCUGACCCAACCCACCUCCGCGUGGGCCGCCCGGACUCCGCAUCCUCGCGUUCUCGGCUCGUGCAUCCCACAGACUUUACCCGUGCGAUCGCAUGCCUCACCAAAUGGGGCGAAGAAAUCCACGUCGCCGCGGCCCCGCGUCAGCUCAAGCUGUCGUCCAUCAACGCCUCGCGCACCGCCUUCGCCGCCGUCACCUUCCCGGCCCACUUCUUUCCGAGCUACCACGUCCGCGCACCCGCGGGCGAAGCCAUCGUCUCGUUUUCGGUCGUGGGCAAAGUAGGCGGCAAUCUCCACACACACUCGUACCUGCGUCGUAUGCCCCCGCUGAUUUGUUCCUCCCCCACCCCAGGCGCUGCUCUCCCCGCUGCGACCUCGCUCGGCCAACACGAUCGAGACGUGCUCCAUCUCCGUCACCGGCCAGGACCUCACCCAACACCGCCGACACAAUGGAUCUUACGGCGACGAUGAUGAUGACGCAACGUCCGAGAGGGGUUCCGCAACCGCCGCCGCACCCCAGUGCCGCAUCGUCAUACGACUGCAUUGUCAGCACGGUUAGUGCAAAUUUCGCCCCGUUCACCAUCCGAGCCAAGCGCUCGUCCCUGGUUCGGCUCUAUUCUUACUCACCCAGAUCGCUUGAUGGCCCCACAGGCGUCACCAAAACCCAUCGCAUGACCUACAGCUCGGGCUCGACGGCACUGUAUCCUCAAGCGAAACGAGACGCCUGCACCAUCACCUGGAUCGCAUCCAGUCGCAUCCUCAAGGAGUGGUCCGUACAGUCUUCCCUCGUUUGUCUUCCUAGACCGACUCCCACUCUCUGCUGACAACAAGAGUAUAAACUUGCAGGACAGAUCACUUCCACUUGCGUUCGGGUUCUCAGGGCGGAGGCUCGGACGAGAUUUCGUUCGACCUGCACGAAAACUCGUGUCGCCUGCGCUCCUUCGGCGUAGAUACUUCCUCCGAUAACCCAGGUCAGUCCAGAGCAAGCAGUCUCGAGACUAUCCGUCAGGAGUCACUGACCUUGGUGCGUAAGCGCCGGUUUGUUCCCUCGUUUUUUUCAGCCGAUUCCCUCUCCUCGCGACCCCUCUCGACCGAGCUCGUCAUCUCCGUCUCGGACUUUGACUUGUACGAAGUCUUGCGCCCGUCGGUCAUCACCUUUGGGCUCAAAGAGUUCAAAUCCAUCAUCGCUUUGGCCGAUGCGGUUCCUGCGACGGUCGACGUCGCUUGUUCGAGAGGCGGCGAACCGGUCUUGAUCCUUGUUGAGGCCGAGAAUUGUCGAGCCGACUUUGUCAUCGCCACAACCGACUUUGAUGGGGAUGAUCAGGACGACGCUGCGAGGGACCGCGAUAACAUGGUCAGAGGCCGGAGGGGGAAGGCAGAAGAGGAACCACUGCGCGUGCAUGCAGAACGGGGGAAGAAGGCGCAGGAUCGGGCAGUAGAGCAAGAACGGCCCUUGUUCAAUCGCGCGACACCUACGCAGGAACCCCCCUCGCCCCCUGCCCCUCCGCCUCCCAUGCGAGCUCUGCAUGGCGACCAAGAUGCAGACGAAGGCGAAGACGAGUUCGACUACGGAGCCGCGAUGGACGACUUUGGCGACGAUGCGUUCGCGCAGAUCGAUCAGUUGACGCAAGAAGCCCUGUCGCAACGUCCUCCGCCCAUGCAGACACCUUCCGCGUCGCACUUUGGACCGACGCAAGGGAUCGACCACAGAAUGUCCAAAAAGGUCUGUCACGAACAUGUGCUGGCUUUUUUACGCCCGCCGUACGCAGCUGACCCGGAUAGUGAAUUACACAGUCGAAGCGGUGGAACUUGCUGGGCGGGGACGGUGACUCUUCUCCCAGCCCUUGA